AUGAACGAUACCAGUUACAACCCGUCCACAACGUCGUUCGCCCAGUCAUCAAGGACUGAAGUCGAAAUGGCUGCGGAACCCUUCUUCGAGCCAAAAGACAUUGAGAACCAUUCUGACCGGAAACUUUUCCCCGUGACAGAUCUCGAUAGAGGUCUUGUGGGCUGGGAGGGACAAAAUGAUCAAAACAAUCCUCAGAACUUCCCAAGCUCGAAGAAAUGGGGUCUGUUGAUGCUUGUCAGUGCCAUCACCUUCAUUUCACCGCUAGCGUCAAGUAUGUUCUCUCCGGCGGUUAGCUAUGUGGCGAAGGAUUUGCAUGUCUCUGAUGAGACGUUGCUGUCCUUUAGUGUCAGCAUUUACUUGCUGGGUUAUGCCGCUGGACCACUAUUGAUUGCUCCUCUGAGUGAGAUCUAUGGUCGUCGAGUUGUGCUCAGCUGCGGUAAUUGGUUUUUCUGCGCGUGGCAGGUUGGUUGUGCACUUGCACCAAACAUCACCACCUUGGUGAUAUGUCGAUUCUUUGCCGGAAUUGGAGGAUCAGCCCCCCUUACGCUGGGAGCUGGAGUGAUCGCGGAUCUCUUUCCUGUUGAGAAGCGCGGCAUGGCAACCGCUAUCUGGAGCAUGGGACCGUUGCUCGGACCCACCGUCGGUCCCAUUGCCGGAGGCUUUGUCGGUGAAACCAUCGGCUGGCGCUGGGUCUUCUGGAUAUUGCUGGCCGCAGGUGGUGCGGUGUCGUUAGGCAUCGAAAUCCUGAACAGGGAAACAUACCCCGUUGUCCUGAUCCGCCACAAGACCGAGCGUUCGAAUAAGCAGAUGGGCCGCACUGAUCUCCGCAGCGCUUAUACACCUAACGAAGACAAGGUCUCGGUGGGAGGCGCACUCAAGCACGGCCUAAGGCGACCGGUCAUUCUAUAUCUCAAGUCCCCCAUUGUCGCGCUUCUCUCCACCUAUCUGGCCGUCGUUUAUGGUCUGCUGUACCUUUUCUUCACGACCAUCACUAGCGUCUUUAUGGAAAAGUACGGCUGGACCACCGGUGUCUCGGGUCUUGCGUACCUCGGCAUUGGCAUUGGUUUCAUCGUCGGUCUCGCCGUCAAUGCUCUCACCAGCGACCGUGUCGUGAUGAAGAUGACCAAGCGUAACAACGGGAAAUAUGAACCCGAGAUGCGUCUUCCUUUGAUGAUCUUCUAUGCUUGCAUCGUACCUACAAGUUUCUUCUGGUACGGCUGGACCGCCGACAAAGCCGUCUUCUGGCUCGUACCCAUCAUUGGAAUGGCACCCUUCGGCUUCGGUCUGAUGGGCCUGUACCUACCAGUACAAACCUAUAUCAUUGACUGCUACCCCGAUUACGCGGCUUCUGCGAACGCGACUUUGACCACUGUCCGAUCCCUCGUCGGGGCUCUCCUGCCCUUGGCAGGACCGAAGUUGUUCGCUUCCCUCGGGCUCGGCUGGGGAAAUUCGCUGCUAGGAUUCAUCGCGCUUGCAUUUGUUCCUGUGCCGAUUAUUUUCUCCCGCUAUGGUCAACGGAUUCGUGAGAAGUUUCCUGUUGAUUUGGAAUGA